AUGAAUAGCUUGUGGUUUAUUUCCAUAUUCACAGCACUCAAGUUGCUUAUUACUGUGACGGACAUAACUCCGGUUCACGCGCUCGUAACAUGUGGUGGUCGUGCACCAAUGUACCCAAAACUGUUCUCGAAACCAAAAGAUUAUUGCAAAAGGCAACUCGAUCUUGCGUUGUUGGUAGACGAAUCGUCUAGCAUAAAACCAUGUGAAUGGAAUCAACUUAUCCCAUUCCUAAAGUCUUUGGUUCGCUCCUUGAAUAUAAGUACAAACAAUGUGCACUUAGCACUUGUUACAUAUUCUACUGGAAUAAGGUCGUUUGUUACUCUUCUUGAUCCAGCCUCAAGAAACGAGUCCCUGGUUCUCAAGAGUAUUGAUGCUUUGGAAAAAAGCAAACCUGAACUUGGAUGGACAUAUACAGGCCAAGCAUUGAACUUUGUCCGUGAGGUAAUUUUCCGUAUCGGGGGAAGAAAGAAUGUUCCAAAGGCUCUUAUUCUAGUUACAGAUGGAGCAUCCACACAGGCAAACAUAACAUCCCAGGUGUCUGCAAUGUUACGUGAUGAAGGGGUUACUAUCCUUGUCGUGGGCGUAGGAAAGGCAAGAGUUUCCGAGUGUAAGAGUAUUGUGGGAUGUAAAUUAACGGACGAAUGUCCAUCGUUUGUAAAGACCAAUUGGGAUACAAUGAUUGGUAUUGUUGGAGGGCUAAUUAAUGAGGUUUGUGAAGUAAUCCCAGUUGACGCUGUAUGUAAACCAAUUUGGUCUGAAUGGUCUGAAUGCAGUGUAAAGUGUGGUUUGGGAACUAGAAGACGCAAAGUCGUCAGUUUGGAUACUCUUGUAGAGGCAACUAUUGGUACUAGUGGAAAAUCUGGAAAGCCAUGUAAAGAUCAGAUUGCAAAUUAUGAGGAACAAGUGGAAAGUUGCAACGUCAACUGCGAUCCAGUUGAAGACUUGAAACCCAAGUGGAAUGUAGUGGACUCUCGUAUUGAUGAAGAGUCAAUAGAACUUCCAGAUUUGAAUGGCCGCGAAAUGGGAGGUGACAUGCCUGCACCAAUAAUUGAACCACAAGAGGAGGUUAUUGACAUUCCUUUUGACACACCUGGUAAGACUGAUACUUCUCAUGGUUCACAAGGUGAAGACACUGAUAGAUUGUCUGGUGAAACGGAUACCCUUCAUGAUAAAGGAACGGACGACGCGGAUGCCUUUGGCGGCGUAAAAGAUGGCCAUAACGGCAAGGGCAACGUUGAUGGUGGUGAUGAUGAUGACGAAAACAUUGCAACCGAGCCAGACUUUGGCAAGGAACCAGAGGUUAAUGUAGGGACAUUUGCUCCAACUUCACGGAACAUGGAACACCCAGAGAAGCUCAAUGAGAGAGGUUCCAAGUCUAUGAAACAUGAAAGCGGUAAGAAUGAGCUCAAAAAUGCAAAAAUUACAGUGAAUGGCAACGGACGUUCCAGCUACACAAAACGUGAAUCGAGCGAGAAGAAGGCUAGACAGACGAAAAAGGGUUUGUUUAAUCCCCAACUUUUACAAAUUACAGAAACGAGCAACAAAUUUGGUGCCAAGAUUGCCGGUGGCAUUUUGGCUGCGCUGAUGCUCUUGGGAGCAGGUGGAGGCUAUGCGUAUUACAAGAGUAAAAACAAGAUCCAUGACGAGGAUAUAGUGGACGAAGGCUUUGGGGAAGUGAGCAUGAGGCCUCCAGUCAAGGAGGGCGAAACCUACACCGUAACCGAGUUGGAUGACGGACUUUGGGGUCAAGUCAAUUGA